AUGGCGGGCAUCAAUCGCCUGGGGAAGGCGCCACCGAAGCCCGGCCAGCUGCGACCGCCGGACCCCAACAAGUACCGGACGGUGGACAUGUUCUCCGAGGGCGCUGAGGGGGACGCGGAUUACGUGAGAAUGGUCCAAGAUAUUGAGGACAUGCAGCAGCAGCAGGGUUGGCUCUUCGGACGUGGGGCCUUUGAUAAGGGGGACCUACUCUAUCUCCGAGACGAAGCUGAGAGGCAGCGCCACGCUGAGCUCGAGCUCAGGGACAGCGAAAAAACACAAUUUGCGGCACUCAGGGCGAAGUUCGAACAGCAGGAUGGGCAGUCCGAUGUCGUUCGAAUAGCCAGGAAGGGAAGGACAUCGGGAAUGUCCCAGCCUGAGCUGUUAGCACAUGUCGUGAAGGUAAAGGGCCAAGGCAGCACUGAAGUGCCUGACCCAGGUGGUUGCGAUUUGGAGCAGCCCAGCCUGAAAAGGAUGAAGUACAGCGCUUCUUCUUGCCCAAAGGACACUGCUGCAUUGGAUUCAGAUGGAGACCCAGCUUCAGGAAAGCUUCAUGGCAGUUGUGGCGUCAGUGUGAGUGAGGUAGCAGGAGCAGACGUGCAGGACGAACUAAAAUCGGCCGAAGCUGAAACUGGACAGGGCCUUGGAGGUCUCCUUGGCGAUUAUGCCAGCUCGAGUGAAGACGAAGACGAAGGCGAUUGCGAUGGAAAUGGCAACGGCGGGAGGAGCACAAGCUGUAGGGGCCCGCCUUCUGCGAAAUCCGGGAGAGGGAUUUCCAAAAAGGGAGAUGCCGCCCCUGUGAAGGGGCCUGUUGGCAGGCCCAACAGUGUUUCACUGCCAGAUGCCAGGGAGCUGUUGGGCUUGGGCAGGACUGGCAAGGGUGGGAAAGGGGAGGGCUAUGAGGAAUUGGAUGCUGCAGAUGGCCAUGUAGGGUCCAUGACGCGCAGCAUGAUUGGUGGCGCUAAUGCAGAGCGUAGUGAAGAUGAUGAUGGCGACGAGAGCGACGAUUAG